UCAUAACAGAACAUGCGUGCUUAUUAUGCUUGUUAUGCAACCAGUAUAGCAGAUGUGCCUGGUAAACAGCAUAAACGGUCAUAUGAUACCUCUUCAAAAUGUCCUUAGUUCGGCAAAAUUUUUCUAAAGAAUGCGAAGAUGGAAUAAAUGAACAAAUAAAUUUAGAGCUUUUUGCAAGUUAUACUUACAUGGCUAUGGCAAGUUAUUAUCAGAGGUCAGAUGUUGCAUUGCUAGGUUUCUAUAACUACUUUAAACAUUCAUCUGAUGAAGAAAAAGAGCAUGCUUUAAAAUUCAUCGAAUACAUGAAUAAGCGGGGCGGAAAAGUUGUUUUACAAAAUAUUUCUGCGCCCCCAGUUCAGGAAUGGCCUACAGUAACUGAAGCUAUGGUAGCUGCUCUUGAUUUAGAGAAGAAAGUUAACGAGAAACUCCUCACACUCCAUCACAUUGCAUCUGAACAAAAUGAUCCCAAUUUUGUCGACUUUUUGGAAACUAAUUAUUUACAGGAACAGGUAGAUGCAAUAAAAGAGAUUGGAGAUCACGUUACUAAUUUGAAACGUGUGGGUGAAGGUCUGGGGGUAUAUAUGUUUGAUCAAAAACUCCAAGAAGAUUAAUAUUAAGGAUAGGUAUCUUAAAAACGCGCACUUUACCUUACUUAUAAUAUGUAGUAUAAAAUAUAUCUGUUACAAAAGUGUUUAUCAAAAAUAAUAAAAAGUAAAUGUCUCAUAUUUUUGGUGCAAAAAAUAAGAAUUUUCGUUCGUUUUUAAAGCAGACGUCUAGAACUAUUUUGUGUAACUGUUACUAUUUUUGCUAAAGUUUCGGCAUAUAUGUUAUUAGUUUUCUUUAGAACUUUUAUAGAUUGAAGGAUAGUUUGCUCAUAUUUACACUUUGACUUACUUUAUUAUUUUCAAAUAAUAUACGAUAUUAGACAUUUAUUGUUAGUAUACACUAUUGUAAGUACUUUACAGUCAAUAUUUAAAGCAUGAAUUUGUUAAACACAAAUUAAAAAUCUAAAACCUC